UUUGCUCCGGAGCGGACAGAUAGAGGCCGGUCAUUAUCAGAGAAGAGGGACAUCAUGAACGAGUAGAGCCUACAUUUAGAUGAAAAGAGGAUGUUCUUCAAGAUACUUCAACCACAACAUCCUCUCCUCGUCUUAAUGUCUCGUUGAACUAUAAAAGCAUGUCUUUUCCGCAUACCUUUGUGAUCCAUCCCGAGACAGAACCGGUUUCACCUGAUCCUCCGCUAUGAUCGCGGCCAGCGCGUUAGCUCAACAAAGGGGAUCCCGGUAUAGAAUCGCUACGGACGGUCGGUCACCAUCGGUGAGGGACCCACACACCUCUUUUAUUUUCAAUUUCAACCGUGGACAGCUGCCAGAUAUUCUGGCUACCCUGGAGUCCGUAGAAAGCGAGGGCUGGGAUGGAGAAGUGUUGUCGCAGCUGUAUGCCAUGCAUGAAGAGGUUAUGGGACUGCAUAUGGCCCGAGUUUUACUAUCCGAACAUCUCUCGUCCGGCCGAGAUCCGCACGGUUUCGGGUGAUAUCCGGAUCCCGGCUCCGAAGAAGAAGCCGGCGCAGCUGUACGCGGCUCUCUUCGACUUCGAAGCCCGCAGUGAGGAAGAGCUGACGGUGAAAGAGGGGGACAAACUGUCUGUCAUAGAAAAGAGGGGAGAUUAUGUAUUUGCCAAGAAGCUGACGGGGUCCCUGGAGUCCGGACUGGUCCCUGCUAAUUAUGUGGCCCUAGUACAGGAUGAAUUCGCUAACUACAGAUGGUACUAUGGGAAUAUAAACAGACAAAAGGCUGAGAAGCUGCUUCUGAGUCCACAGAACAAAACUGGUUCCUUCCUGGUGAGGAUCAGUGAGAGCCACAGCGAUGAAUAUACCUUCACAGCCAGAAGUGAAAAUAAUGUCUUCCAUUUCCGUAUUCAUCGCUCAGCGAUUGGUGCUUACUUUGUAUCUGACAAGAUCUCUUUUGGUACUCUGGAUGAGCUCAUCAGAUACUACCAGCACAACUCCAGAAGUCUGGGAUGCCCCUUAGACCAGCCAUGUGUACAGCAAAGGGAGCUGUUUGACAUGGAGCCAUGGGAGCAGCCAAGGGAGGAGUUUCAGCUACUCAAGAAGCUGGGGGAAGGCCAUUUUGGGGAAGUCUGGGAAGCCGUCUGGAUCACAAAGAAACAGAAAGUGGCCAUCAAGAUGCUCAAACAAGAGGACACAAAAUUGGAUGAGUUUGUGAAGGAGGUACAUGCACUGAAGAAGCUGCACCAUCCUAAACUGAUUGAGCUGUUGGCUCUCUGCACACGAGGGGAGCCGGUCUACAUCGUCACCGAGCUCAUGACUAAAGGAAGUCUCAAAUCAUAUCUUUCUACACCGGAGGGUCAGGUGUUGACCUCUGCUCACCUGAUCUACAUGGCUGGUCAGAUAGCAGAAGGAAUGGCGUAUCUGGAAGAUCGACACAUUGUCCACAGAGACCUUGCAGCUCGAAACAUCCUGGUUGGUGAAGACCUGGUGUGUAAAGUGGCUGACUUUGGUCUGGCUCGCAUCAUCAAGGAUAGUGUGUAUACCGCUAGUAGAAACACCAAGAUUCCUGUACGGUGGACGGCUCCAGAAGCUGCUCUCUACCAGCGGUUCUCAGUCAAAUCUGACGUCUGGUCCUUUGGAGUGCUGCUGUAUGAGAUAAUGUCACGUGGAAAGAUGCCAUAUGAUGGGAAGAAUAAUAAGGAGGUGUUGGAGAUCCUGUCAUCGGGGUACAGGUUACCGUGUCCAAAUCGCUUGAGCUGGUAA